AUGUGGGUUAAACUUAAAGCUGUUUCUUCAAUUCUCUCCUAUCUGGUUAUCGGCAUCGGCCUUGUUGCCGCCGCCCCAAGAUGCUAUGACACUGGUAAUUUUACCACAAACAGCACGUAUGGCAAUAACCGGGACCUUCUUCUCGAUUCACUCCCAUCUAAUGCCUCUGCAAACGGUGGAUUCUUCAAUACCACUAUUGGCCAGGGCUCCGACAAAGUUUACGCUCUUGCUAUGUGCAAAGGAGACUCUACUCCAGAGAGAUGUUUUAGCCUUGUCAAUGAUACAAUCCACGAGCUCAUGGCAAAUUGUCCCAACCAGAAAGAGGCCUAUUCAUGGACAGGGGAUUUCUCUGUUGUGCACUAUGCAGAUCACUCAUUUCUCGGAACCUUGGAGCUAGAACCCUCUAGCGCAGUAUAUAAUACGGGAAACAUCACAUCGAACUUAACCGAAUUCGAUACGGUUUGGGAGAGUUUGAUAAAAAAUGUGAUGAGGAAGGCUUCCAACGGUUCUUCUAGUCUCAAGUACGCAACUGGGGAAGCAGAUGUUACGGUGUUCCCGAAGAUAUAUUCACUAAUGCAGUGCACUCCAGAUUUAUCGAAGCAGGAUUGUGACUAUUGCCUAAGGCAAUCUGCAGAUUCCUAUGUAAGUUGUUGCCACAGGAAGCAAGGAGGUGGUGUUGAGAGGCCUAAUUGUUUAUUCCGCUGGGAUUUGUAUCCCUUCUAUACAGUCAAUGCUUCUACAACGGUGUCUUUGUCUCCUCCACCCUCACCUUCUAGUCCUCCACCCCAGCUUCUAGUCCUCUGCCACAGUCAGUGGACUCCGAAAUAA